CUGAUCCUUUAUCGUAUGCUUCACGUGCAUAUAGAGAUUAUUUAAUCGGACAUUGUUUACGUAUUUUAACCGGUACUGUUGGAGAUGCUCAUUUAUCUUCAAUAUUAGAAUAUGGACAAACUAUUAUGGCUUCUGCUGGAAUAGAUGCUGGAUUUUUAUGUACUGACAAAGUUACAGUUACACAUUGCGAAGAUGAAAUUGGAUUAUGGUGGGGAGCAGUUAUAUAUCUAGCAGCAUGUUGGAAAUUGAAAGAAGACGAUUCACAAGCAUGGAGCAUUGUUGAAAGCAAAUUUCCUUAUGAAAAAUGUUAUCAACUUUGCAAUAAUAAUAAUAGUAUUAGUCCACUACCAUAUAUUGUUUUAAAUGCUUUGCAAGCAACAAAAGCGACUACUAAAUCAGUCUCUAUGCGUUUUAUUGAUCAGGCAGGAAUAUUGCUUGAACAAUGUUUGGUUUAUUAUAAUUGCAAGCAACAGUCAUCCCAAAACGUUUUGGUAAGAUAUUUAAAUAUUAUGUUUAUAAUAUAUUAAUAUAUUCAAUUCUUUU